AUGAGCUUAGGAUGUUUGUUAUCUAAUACACCCUUAUUGUGUUGUCUUGCAGCCCAAGAUGUUCUAUAAAUAAAUACAAAGGCUAAGAGUCCUACGCCACAUGCAUGUAAUAAGAAGUGAUAUGUUGUCGAGGAUAUGACCAAAGAGAAGGUUAGUGAUGAAUUCAAUUGCGGUUGUUCUAUUCUAUUUUUUGGACAUAGUUGUUAUUUACAAUCAGAGUCCUUUUAUUGAAACUUUGUAUGGUGUCCAUAAACGCAAAAUAUCUCUCUUUAGUGGCAAAAACCAAAAGGGUUGAGUCUUUUACUUCAAGUGCAUUUAUUGAAAUAUUGGUUUAGUAUUGAGAAACUGACUACUAUUAUAAUGAACCUUGAAGGAAAAAACUCUAGGCUAAUUUAUGUGAAUGACUUAAUGAUAACAUUUCAAGGAUUGAAAGGACCAACCAUAUCAAUCAUUAAAAUAGUUUAUCAACAACUAGUGCUAAUGGUCAUGAUAAUCAUGACGUCCUCAAACUAGCCCUCAAGAAUAUAUUUCUUAAAGGAUUGAAAAAGAAUUUUCAAGUCGAAAUCUAUCUUUUAGAGCUCGUAAAACUCAAAGUCCCUAGACUUUUAACAUUUACUCAGCCACACACAAUUACAUUCUCAAAUGUCAAAAAGGUCUUGAUUAUUUUUAUACCAUCAAGGAUAACCUAAGGAUCAAAAGAGACAACCAUGUGUAUCACCCUACACAUCAAAGUAUAGGCCUCAUAUAAAUAAAAAUGUCUAUCGCUCAUCCCUUUAGAAGUUCAAGUCCACAAUGUUGAAGGAUUAUGUUAGUUGUGCAAUGAUUAAUACAUCCUUACUUAUCAAUCCCAAUAUAAGCUACAAAAUUUUGGCAAUAAAGGAAAACUUUUUAGAAGUAGUAGAAUAUAAUGUUGCAUGUGUCAUUUAGCCUAGCCAACAUUGAGUUCACGGCCAACUUAAUUUUGAAUGAAUCAUCACUAAGCAUAUCUAAAUUUUAGUGUUACAUAACAAGAAGAAUAAUUACUAUGUUUGUGGAUAAUGAAGAACAUCACUUUAUUUCAAUGCAAGUUACCCAUGAAUUGGAGCUUCUAAUCACAAUCACAACAUAAUUUCAAAUUACAGUUAAGAGUGACAAGAAGAUCAAAAGUAUUUGAAUAUGUUGUGAUGUCUUAUUAGAGUUGUAAUCCUUCACAAUGAUAUAAGACUUUGUACUAGUCUCUCUAACAAAUAGCAACCUCAUACUAGACAUGAAAUGGAUGAACACUAUGAAGAAGAUUGAAAUGAAUAUGGAGCAAAAGACUAUGUCACUCUUAACAAGUGAUUAAAAUGUGAGCCUUCAAACUGAUUUAGAAUGUUACAAAGUACCAUUAUGUGUUAAUUUUAUAACAAAUAAAUAUCAUGAAUUAAAAUAUUUGCACCUGAUUUUGUAUGAACAUCGAUGGAAUCAAUGUCUUUAA